CCGCGCCGGAUCACGUGACAAAGCCCACUUAUCCUGACCAACCAGCGCUGUCCCCACCGCCCGGUCGAAAAGUCCCUACCGCUCCAAAAAUCUCGACUGCCUCGCCCGCUCCACCCAGUCAACCUCAUCUACAAACUUCGUCAACGCCAAGGCGCAACAAUCCUCACCAUUAGAACCACCAGAUUUCUAUUGGAAGACCGUCAAAAUGUCGAAGAUCACGGUCGCCGGAGUGCGCCAGAACGUGGCUGAGCUGCUCGACUACUCGGAGAACACGAAGAAGAGGAACUUCCUCGAGACCGUCGAGCUCCAGAUCGGCCUCAAGAACUAUGACCCCCAGCGUGACAAGCGUUUCUCCGGCACCAUCAAGCUGCCCUCGGUGCCCCGCCCCAACAUGAGCAUCUGCAUCUUGGGUGACCAGCACGAUAUCGACCGUGCGAAGCACGGUGGUGUCGACGCCAUGUCCGCCGACGACCUGAAGAAGCUGAACAAGAACAAGAAGCUCAUCAAGAAGCUCGCCCGCAAGUACGAUGCCUUCAUCGCUUCCGACACCUUGAUCAAGCAGAUUCCUCGUCUCCUGGGUCCUGGUCUGUCCAAGGCCGGCAAGUUCCCCACCCCCGUCUCCCACGCCGACAACCUCACCGACAAGAUCACCGAGGUCAAGUCCACCAUCAAGUUCCAGCUGAAGAAGGUUCUCUGCAUGGGUGUCGCCGUCGGCAACGUCGGCAUGGAGCAGGAGGAGCUGAUCGGCAACAUCAUGCUUGCCAUCAACUACCUCGUCUCCCUGCUGAAGAAGGGCUGGCAGAACGUUGGAAGCCUGACCAUCAAGGCUUCCAUGUCUCCCCCCAAGCGUCUCUACUAAGCUGGCGUCGCAUCUGUGAUUGUGACGGAGAUCUUCGCAACAUUCGGAAGAUCGGUAUUCGUUUCGGUGCUACACAUCAGUUAGACAAUCACUAUGAAUGAGACACGACUUGGACUCUCUGAGGCCGAUCAAAUGUUGCACCUGUCCCAAAAACUUGGUCGCCCGUGAAAAACGUUGCGUGACGAUGUUCAAUCACACCAGGAAACUCGCGAUUGGUGCGAACAGUUGCAUCGAAUCCUACUACCCCACUGAUGUGAUUCCCUCUCAACCUCUGUCCCUCUCUUCCCAGACAUGUGGAUUCUCCAAUUCACAGACUACGUUGCACUGCACGACAAAUCUUCUAACAACCUCCCCACCCUGUCACACGUCCUGACUAACAUUACUCCAUUGACCAAGCCUCCACGAGUCACCGGUUUCAUGGCGACUGUCGCGGGAAAGAACCCGCAUUUGCAACUUCACGAUCGUGUCUGCCCGACGUUAGGCCUCGCACACCCAUGAAGCGGAGGGUGCCGUUCUUGCCGGGCCGUGAUGCCGUGCCUCGCUCGGGCAUCAGAACCAUCUGUGGAAGUCCAGAGUCACAUGCACCUCUGCCCACGCAAUCUGAGGAUCACCCUAGCGAAUCUGGGUUCAUGAUGAUCGGGCAACACCCAUGGCGAAAUCAUUGAUGCCGUGUCUGGAGGAGCAGCUCCCACCACAGUUCUCCCAAUGAAUAGUUGAUGAACAUAUAGCACAAGACGUCAGUCCGAGCAAGAUAGCCCCCCUGUGCCGAUGCUAUUCGCAGAGGGACAAAUCAUCUCCCGGUGGCGAUCUACUUUCUCGUGCCGAACAUCCAGCUCAUCUCAAGUCGGUGGCAGUUGAGAACUGACGUCUAUGAUCGUGAGGCCCUGCCCGCCAACUCGCCAACUCGCCCACUGUAGCUCGGCGCGUCUCAAGAGAUGCGUCUCAGCAUCGGGGUCACGUCACAACCCCACGAACUGGUGGAACGUCAGCCGGAUGGUGUACACACCCCCAGAUGGAUGCCACGCUCCAUGUUUAUUACUGCUCAAUUUUUUACCACCAUCACGAGCCAGAAUGACAGACGUCAGGGCCGCCGGCGGCGCCGCGGGCGGGACCAAUGAGUCCCCCCACCGUUGCAUCGCGUGCACCUCGGGCCCCUUGGGUCGGGUCUUUUCACCACGCGGCAGAGUCGCCUCGCCAACACUGCCGUGCGAGCUUGGUUGGCUAGGUGUGGUCUGGCCCGCCCGCAGAUCUUAGAUCACAUAUUAGCAUGAACCAAAUGGAUGCUGGCGGGAGUUUCCCCAAGUCCGAGGGAGCGACACAGAGGCCGUAGGCCACCAGCGCAAAAGGCAGCUGGUUACAGUUCGCAGAUCACUGGCAUCUGUCAUCAUGCAGUCCCGCAAACGGUUCACCACACCACUGGCAAGGCCGUCGGGCGGGCUGGCUGGCUGGGCAGACUGGCAGAGCAGGCAAGGGCAGGCCAGCACACAAUAAGCUCUGGAUCUAGCUCUUGAUCUGCUCGGGAACCAAGGGGCUGUCGAGGGAACCCCCGGAUUGUCAAACUCGAUGCCUGGAAAGCGAUUGGCUCUUCACGUGGGAUCCCUCGCAGCGGGCGGUGGCAGCUCCAGAGGAAGGCCUGCCCGGUCUGAAACGGCUGCUGGGGGAGGGCGGCGGGCCACUCACCGAUACGCGUUUCCUGUGUGUGGGUGGGCGAGGUUAUCGAGGAUCUUCACAGGGGUCCUCCACUUCCGAAACCCGGGCGCCCACGUCAGGGUUGCAUCUCCAUACCAGAGUGCAAGUCUCUCCCCCAAGGGCCCUCACUGAGCAGAGACUCGUCUUCUGUGGACAGUGGCUCACUCGAGUCGCCUUGUCCGGUCAAAAUCCUGGCACCCGGUCACUGCGGGGAGCCCGUCUUGGUGAGCCGCAGGUGGAGCUGGGCAGGGCAUCGCUCAAAUAAAUGUAUUCCGAUUGGCCUUGCAACUCGAUCUGUUCCCGCCCGGCUUCGGGCCAGCCAUAGGGCCGGACUUCCAGCACCAGAUCUGGCAACCAGAGCCGCCUGACGUGCUGCAGGGACAUCGGAAGCCGUUAUCUGACAGUGGGGGUGGGAUGGCACCUGAGGGAUGGAUACGAUGCGAUGCGAGACAGUCGUAUAAAAUCUCCGGUGUCCUUCGGCCAGCCGUCAUGCGGGAAUGUCCCGGACAAUAGGAUGGCGGGCCCCAGGGCUCGCGGGAUGCGGGUUCCACUGCCUCGUCGGGAAGUUCGCGGACAGGUCUCG